AUGGUUCAGCUCUCUUCCACUCUCCUUAUCGCCCUCUCUGCAGUUGCCGUCCACGGUUUGCCCUUCUUUAAGCGCAUCGACCAGACCAUUGCCGAUUCCACGACGCAAUGGGUGGCUGCAUGUAACGCCGCUGGCGGAGGGAGCCAGUGCAGCACGCUCUCUGUUAAUGCAUUCGAGACGCUGCUCAUCGGCGCUGGCGUUUGUGACCAGCAAAAUGCCGCCGACUCUAUGAUCACCCUGGCGAAGCAGCUCAACAACAACGCCAACAUGAUCUCCCUCGCACAGAUCUUCGCGCAGCAGCCUCGUAACACUCCGACCUCCCAAGCUGUUCCAUACUGCCAACAGGCACCCAACAACACGGAACUCAACGGGUACUACCAGUGCCAGUUCUCCGGCGCAAACCAGCAGGUCUUUGUUGGGAACCUCCAGGUCGGCGCCGCCGGUACGAUUCCCUUCGGGCUCACCACCCCUGUAUCCCCUCCCGGAUCCUGCCCUGCCAACCCGUCUGGACCCAUUGCGGACGGCGAUCAGCUUGUCAACAUCACCACGAACCCCGGAACCCCCGCCACGGGCAGCGGUCAGGGCAAUGCCACUGCGAGCGCAGCCUCUGGCUCUGGCUCUGUGACCGCGACUGCUACUGCCACGACUGCUACCGCGACCGAGACAGAGUCUUCGGAGUGCGGCGGCGAUGAUGAUGACGAUGGCGAGGAGACUACCACCACCGCUCCUACUGCGACCGCUGCCACGUCAACCGCUACAUCGUCCUCAUCCAGCAGCAGCUUCCUGCUCUCCAACGGCCAGAAGGCGCAGCAGCAGAACGCCCAGUUUUCCUCGCUUACCUCGAGCACGUCUUGCACUGCUGGCACGAACGCUUGUGUUAACGGAGACUUUGCGCAGUGCGUCGACGGUGCGUACGUUACCACGAGCUGCGGCUCCGGCCUGAGCUGCUUCGCGCUCCCGCUCGUCAACUCCGCGGGUACGUCCAUCACCUGCGCGACCGAAUCCGACGCCGCCUCGCGCAUCGCAAAUACCGGCGCGACGGGCGGUGUCACUGGGAGUUCGUCGUGA